GGGGCCGCGCUCUCCCCUGGGCCCCGCCGCCGCCGCCAUGUUGCUCCGCCGCCUCUCGGCCGCCGCCAUCGCGACUAUCGCGACAGUCGCGACCCCGCGAGGCCUCGCCACGGCCGGGGGGGAGGGGCGGCAGCUGCUGAUGCGCCAGCUCUUCGAGGCCUCCUCCUGCACCUACACCUACCUGCUGGCCGACGCCCGCAGCGGCGACGCCGUCAUCAUCGACCCCGUGCUGGAGACGGUGCCCCGGGACCUGCGGCUGCUGCGGGAGCUCGGCCUCACCCUGCACUACGCAGGUGCGGCCCCGCCCACCGCGGACACGCCCCUCCUGACCCCGCCCACCCGCUCCUUUCACCCCCUCCCGCUGGCCUCAACCGCUCUCCUGAGGCGCUGGCCCUUUAAGGGUUCCCCGUUUUGGUUUUUGAGGUCCCAGUUUGGUUUUUGGGGUCCCCUGACGGUUUUUUGGGGUCCCCAGGCGCUGCGCGUGGUCCCCACCCCCGGGCACACCCCCGGCUGUGUCACGUUUGUUCUGGAUGAUUCCAGCAUGGCCUUCACCGGGGACGCGCUGCUGAUCCGGGGCUGCGGCCGCACCGACUUCCAGCAGGGCUGCGCACGCACCCUGCACCGCUCGGUGCACGAGCGAAUCUUCACCCUCCCCGAGAGCUGCCGCGUCUACCCCGGGCACGACUACGCGGACAUCGCCAUCCCGGCCAAUCUCCGCUGCGGCAUCCAGGACGAUCCUUAG